AUGACUCAGUUCAGACAUGCCUUCUCGCUGGACAAGCAGGAGCUCAAUGAGAUGGCACCUCCUGGUACCGUCACGUUGAUGGACCGAGAACUCGUCAGAACAAAUACAGGCCAUCAUGAAUUCGAAGAAAACCACAUACACUUGAACCCAGAACCAUCACCGGAUCCAGCGGAUCCCCUCAACUUCUCCAACUCGAGAAAGGUCAUGAUCUUAGCGUUGAUGAGUCUGUACGCCUUUGUCACCAACGUCUCAAGCUCGAUCAUCAGUAGUGCUUUACCGAGUCUGGUCACAGCCUUUAUGCAAACUCAUCCACGUGGACCACCCACUGGUAUCCUGCCGUUCAGCAAGCUGACCCACCUUGUCGCCAUUAACAACUUAUUCCUUGGUGCUUCGAACAUCUGGUGGGUGCCUCUUGGAAACACCUUCGGACGUCGUCCUGUCAUCCUUGUUUGCCUUGCCAUUCUCUGUGCAACAUCUAUAUGGGCAGGCGAAGCCAAGUCUUACAACAGCCUGCUCGCUGCUAGGCUCUUCCAGGGAGUUGGCGGAGGUGCUGCCGAUACUCUUGCUCCAGAUGUCGUUGGUCAAGUCUUCUUUGUCCACCAGAGAGGUCGUGCCAUGGCCAUCUAUACCAUCUUCCUCGCUUCUGGCUCACUUAUCGGCGGUCUCAUCGGUGGCUACAUCACCGCCUCGAUGGGUUGGAGAUGGACUAUGUACAUCUCAGCUAUCCUGUCGGGCGCCGUCCUGCUUUUGAGCUUCUUGUUUGUUCCUGAGACACUUUUCGACCGUGAGGCAGCCAUGGCUGUUGUACGCCCGGAAGGCUACGACGAAGACUCACCAGUUGGCGAGAAGGCCGAGAUAGCCAGAGUUGAAACCGCCGCCUCUACUGUGUUCCCUGAAUACACCUUCGCCAGGAGUCUCAAGAUGGGCAUGUACCGACCUGGCUUCCUCAAGCGUUGCAUCACUCCUUACACCACCCUGCUUUUCCCUGGUACAUGGAUGGUCAUGUUGCACUAUGCCGGUCUUGUCGGAUUGAUCGUCACCAUAUCGACUGUUGCGCCGCAGAUACUCGCCCAGCCACCAUACCUGUGGGGUGGCUCAGUCGGUCUCAUCAACGUCGGCGGUUUGGUCGGCACUGUCCUGGGUGCAAUCUAUACCUACUUCACUGCAGAUUACAUCGUCAAGCGUCAGGCCAAGCGGGAGCGACACGGUUUCGGCGAGCCAGAAGCACGUCUUCCCCUCAUGUUCCCAGCUCUUACCAUCGCAACCGCUGGUGCGCUCUGCUUCGGUUUCUCAGCCAAGGCAGCAACCCCAAAGGCUUGGAUUGGUCUCGAGUUUGGCAACGGAAUGGUCGCCUUUGGUCUGAUGCAAGUGCCGUCCAUCGGUUUCAACUACCUUAUCGAAAGUUACGGUGCUUGGAGUGCUGAUUGCUUCCUCAUGGUUGUCACUUUCCGAGCCAUUAUCAGUUUCGCAUGGACCUUCUUCGUCGGCACUUGGGUCGAGAGUGCAGGACCUGCCCUUCCUUUCGGCAUCUUCGCUCUGCUCAUGGGUGUGUUCAGUCUGACCACUGUGCCUGUUUGGUUGUUUGGCAAGAGAAUGAGAGUCGCGACCAGCAAACUUGUGAUGAAGGGCUAUGUUAGGAGCGAGUGA